UACAAAUGACAGUACACUACUAACUUAAAAAAACAUUCUUUAUUUUGAGAUUUAGAAGGAGAUUGUGCACUCUCUGACAAAACAUCUCAAUUAUUGAUGAAAGUUACUUGUGUCAAGAAUUUGUCCUAGUGCUUGUUGGGAAGUGGGGAAGGUUGAUUCUUUCCUCCGUAUAAUUCUUCAUUACAACGUAGCCCCUUUUGUUUUUAUCCCUCUACUCUGUCUGCUGCUGGCAAAGGAGUUGGCUAGACACUUCAUACUAUGGAAAUUUUACCAGGAGCAAGAGAGCAUCUUUUGGGGUCAAACGGGAAUGAAAAUGGAUUUGAAGAGAAUCCAGAAAUCAAGAUUCAGGUUAGGGGUCUUACAAAGGUGUCUGAAAAGGGUGUUUCUAUAUUGAACAAUGUGAACGUUGACAUACCUAAAGGUGUAAUCAUGGGUGUUAUAGGCCCAAGUGGUAGUGGAAAAUCAACCUUUUUGAGAUCACUUAAUCGAUUGUGGGAACCAUCUUCCAACUCUGUGUUUUUGGAUGGUCAUGAUAUAUGUGAUCUGGAUGUGCUCGCACUCCGCCGGAAGAUUGGCAUGCUGUUUCAGAUUCCUGUUCUCUUUGAAGGUACUGUUGCAGAUAAUGUACGAUAUGGGCCACAGUUAAAAGGUAAAAAACUAAGUGACAAUGAGGUAUACAAGUUGCUGACUCUAGCUGACCUGGACUCAUCUUUCUUCAACAAGUCUGGUGGGGAACUCUCUGUUGGUCAAGCACAGAGAGUUGCACUUGCUAGGACCUUGGCCAAUGAACCAGAGGUUCUGCUGCUGGAUGAGCCAACAAGUGCACUGGAUCCAAUAUCAACUCAGAAUAUUGAGGAUGUUCUUGUAAAACUGAAGAGGGAGCAGAAUAUGACCAUUGUGAUGGUUUCACAUAGCAUCAAACAAAUAAAGAGAAUAGCUGACAUAGUAUGCCUGCUUGUCAAUGGAGAGAUUGUAGAAAUUUUAAUGCCUGAUCAACUCUUUGAAUCUAAACAUCCCAUGGCACAAAGAUUUCUUGAACUCAGCUCCUAAAAACUUCUCGCCGACCCCUCUUUUCUGUAUGUGUUGUAUUUUUGAUGCUUGGAUGGAUGGUGAAGUCCAGGAAACCAAUUCCAGAUGUGUAAUA